CCUCCUGUGGGUUCUGCUGUGCAGUACUGGGUGUAGCUUGCUGUAUAUGUCUUGCACUGAGUUCCUGCCCUCCAGGACAGUUCGGAGACUCCUGUAGCUAUUCCUGUCACUGUGAAGGAGGGGCCGUGUGUUACUCCACCACAGGAGAAUGUCCUGGGGCCUGUGCACUACAGUGGAGGGAUGGGAGGAAUGGCACUUGCCAAAGAGAGAACGUGGCCUUCAACAAGACAGCCACCUCUACAUCCGGAAUACUUGAUGGUUACAACUGGACUCCAGACAAGGCUGUGGACGGGGACAGGAACCAGCACAUCUCUGAUGGCUCCUGCUUCUACUCUGCCAACUACCCGAGUAUGUGGAGGGUGGACCUGGGACGGCAGUACAGGAUACAUCAUGUUACAGUCUACCACAGGACGAUGGAAGCCGGAUAUAACUUUUUACACAGGAUCGCUAACUGCACCAUACACCUGAGUAAUGACACCUCCUCUUACGGGACACUGUGCUACACCUUCCCUGCCACUGUCACUGACUCAGUGAUCGACCUGGUGUGUGACGGCAGGGGCAGAUACCUCACCAUCAGGAACCCGGGGACAGCGGCUAACGGGGAUGACACGCUCAACAUCUGUGAAGUGGAAAUAUACGUAUGCAGCCAUGGGACAUAUGGCAAUUUCUGCAACAACUUCUGCCACUGUCUGAACAUCUCCUGUGACCCAGUCAACGGCAUGUGUCCUGGAGACUGUAGACCAGGGUGGAAGGGAGACAGAUGUGAUACAGGUGAGGAGGUCUUACUGACAGGUGUAGUGUGA